AUGAUGUACAGCAACGGAGCGUCCAUUUCCGGUCACAUGCGGCAUCUUGCCGUCGCUGCCUGUCUCGGCGGCCACGUCGACUUGCUUCGCUUUGCCAUCGAGAGCGAUGACAGUCCGGCCCUCUCGAGCUUGAAACCAAUUGCGCUGCGCGCCGGUCGACUCUGCGUCGUGCAGGUCCUGUUUGAGAAGGGUGUGAUUUCCAAGUUCAAGGCCCGCGACAUGCGGCUUGCAGUCGCGACCGGGCGUGUGGACCUCGUGGCUUUUCUUUUGGACAGCAGCUCCCACGGCAUGGUCGCAGAGGCGUUCAAGCAAGCUACGACCCAAUGCCAGAUUGCACUCUUAAAGUGGCUCUGCACCACGUACAACGAGCCAUUGUACUGGCGCAUUGCUCUACAAGUCGCGGUCGCCGACCUUCAACAUGACGUGAUCGCGUACUUUGCAACGACGCACAACCUUCAUAUUACGCCAGACGAAGCAGCGCGCGUGCACCGACGCCGCAAGCGCCACGACGAAGACGCUCCCACCCGGCAGACGCGGUCGCGCAACUAGCAUCGGCACCGUGGACUGUAAAAGGUCGCGUUCUCUAUCUAUCUAUCUAUCUAUCUA